AUGACUUCCAAACGUCAUUUAAAUGAUAAUGAAGACGACGAUGAUCAACCAGAUACAAAAGUUCAAAAAAUUGAAAAAUCUCUAACACUGUCUGGUUCGUCAACAAAACGAUUAAUAAUUAUAUUAGAACAAGCUAAUUUAGAAACAAUUAAAACUGGUAAAAUAUAUGAAUUAUUAAAUUGUGAUCGUCAUAAAAAUUUUCUUCUCAAAUAUAAACGUGAUCCAUCACAAGCUCGUCCCGAUAUUACUCAUCAAUGUUUACUUAUGCUAUUAGAUAGUCCAUUGAAUCGUGCAAAUCUAUUACAAAUUUAUAUUCAUACACAUAAAAAUAUUUUAAUUGAAAUUAAUCCACAAACACGUAUUCCACGAACAUUUGAUCGUUUUUGUGGUUUAAUGGUACAAUUAUUACAUAAAUUAUCAAUACGAGCACAAGAUAAUGUCAAAGGUGGUAUUAAAUUAUUAAAAGUAAUUAAAAAUCCUGUUCAAGAUCAUUUACCUGUCGGUUGUAAGAAAAUAGGGACCACAUUUCAUUGUGACAAGUUAAUUGAUGUUAGAAAUUAUGUACCAGAAAAUGAACCGUGCGUAUUUAUUGUCGGAGCAAUGGCGAAAGGUUCAUUAAAUCUAGAUUAUAAUGAUGAGGAAGUAUCAAUAUCAAAUUAUCCUUUAUCGGCAGCACUGACAUGUUCAAAAAUAUGUAAUGCAUUCGAAGAAAAAUGGGGAGUGAUUUAG